CUCAAUCAUGGCAUAAACCUAACAAAGCUCAAGUAUCAUGGAACAACUCGUGAACGUCGAAGAUCCUGAUCCCGGUGUUACAGGCAAGCAAGAAGACGCGUCAAUCCUCUCGGCCAACGGAAUGCCUUCACGUACUUUCCAUCCAUUCCCAAGGCUUCCGAUAGAACUGCGACUUAAGAUUUGGAAAAGGUCUUGUUUUCUUUUCGCGGAUAACGAGCAUGGCCUACACUACAUCGACCUACUAUCCCUCAGGGAUAGCAAGCUACCUGUGGUAAGGUAUGGAAAAGGGGAAUCAAUGAAGAUGACAGCUCUUCAUCCCGAUUUCAAGACCUCGCCUGAAAUUCAGGAGUCUAUCCGUCACGCCAAUAUAUCUGCUUACAUUUGGGGUGUUGGUCUCUGGAAAGCCUGUAAAGAGUCGAGAGAGGUUAUUGCCACGCACUUUCAACUCAAGGUUUGGCGCGGUAUUCAGGAUGAAGGUCUCGGCCCCCUCGACGUUGACGAAAGCUUGAGCAAGGCUUGCCAACUGUAUCCCCGAUACAUCAAGUUCCUGAGCGAUAUUGAGGGGGAGGAUAUGUCCGGGACGGGAUCUGACGACAGAGAUGCAGUUCAUGAUCGAAAGCUUCGUCUUCCUACCUGUCUCUUCCCCUGA